UAAAACUGUUCGGCUUUUUAUUUGUGCCCGUCAUUCUGUGCUUGCUUUAGCUGUUAUUUCCAUUUGAUAUCAAAGUACUAUAAUUACAGCAGUUAAAAUGAUGAACAACAGCUGUGCACAGCCAAUGUGGCUUAACGGACCCUCGCCAGGUCAAUUUUACAACUUCAUGGGCGGAAAUAACGCCCCAGCACAGUUGCCUCGUGAAUUAACAACCGCAGGUCCCUAUGGCACCAAGCACAGCACCGCUGCUAUAACUACCGGUUCCUCAGUGUUGGGCAUUAGAUUCGAUGGUGGAGUCUUGGUGGCUGCCGAUACCCUCGUCUCGUAUGGCUCGCUGGCUCGUUACCAGAACAUCGAACGCGUCUUUCAGAUCAACAAUAAAAUUUUACUUGGUGGCGGUGGCGACUUUGCUGACAUACAGUCAAUUAAGCGCAGCAUUGAUCAGAAGAUGAUCGAGGAUCAGUGCUGCAAUGAUGGCGUCGUCAUGAAGCCAGCCGAGUUGUCCAGCUGGCUAACGCGUGUCCUCUACAAUCGCCGUUGUCGCAUGAAUCCCCUCUACAUCGAUGUGGUGGUGGGCGGUGUCGAUGAGGCUGGCAAGCCAUUUUUGGGCAAUGUGGAUCUGCGUGGACGAGCGUACGAUGAUUAUGUUGUAGCAACCGGCUUUGGACGUCAUUUGGCUCUGCCACUUGUGCGUGAGCGCAAGCCCAAGGAUCGCGAGUUUACAUUCGAAGAAGCAACCAGCUUGAUUCGCGAGUCAAUGAAGGUUCUGUACUAUCGUGAUACGCGCAGUCUUCCUCAAUAUACAGUGGGCAUUUGCACUGCCAAUGACUGCAGCAUUAAAGGACCUUUCAAAGUGGAGGAGAACUGGACCUUUGCUGAAGGCGUCACGGGCUACUAGUUUGCAUUUUAUCAAAUAUAAUGUAUCAUAAGAGAC